GCGCGAAGGGGGAGCCUGGCCCUGCCCGGCCCUUGGAGCUCCCGGAAGGCCGAGUCCUCCCGCCCCACCUGGAGAGGAGCUAAAAGGCCGCUCGGGCGGCCGCAGGCGCAGCGCCGGCUCCCGCACCAUGCCCACGGCCCGCAGCGUCCUGGUCCUGGCAGGGGUCCUGGCUCUCUGGGCUGAGCUGCCUCCAGCACCCGCCCAGAAUGUCACCACAAAAGCCGGCGUGUGCCCGGACCCGGCCACGGAAGCAGCGAACUGCACGCUGGGGUGCCAGUCCGAUGGCGACUGCGAGAGCACCCUCAAGUGCUGCCCGGCGGCCUGCGGCAGGGCCUGCCAGAAGCCCGACGAGAAGCCAGGCACCUGCCCACCCGUCAACCCGGGGAUCCCCGUGCUGGGCGUCUGCGCCAACCAGUGCAAGACAGACGCCAACUGCUCCGGGAGCCAGAAGUGCUGCAGGAACGGCUGCGGCAAGGUCUCCUGCGUGACACCCCUCCACUGAGGCACAGCCCAGCCCUGCACCAUCUCCCCCGGCCCAGUCACACUCCCGGCUCGGACCCUUCAGCCUCAGCUUCCUCCCUGGGGACCCCUUCUCAGGGCUCAUCACAGCCCCCCGUGCUCUCACCAAUAAACCAGCCUCUCCCUGC